UCCUGCCUGCUCUGCGCAGUUUGCUUGAAAUGCGUCGUAUGUGUGUUGUAUCACGUAGUAUGCUUCACCUUUGCACAGUUUGUGUUGUGCUCCUCAUUAUGAAAUGAAUGGAUCAUAAAAAUAGCAUCGGAGGAUCUUCAGAUGCGUUGUAAACAUAAACACGCCGGAUUUUGCUGGUGAGGCAAUAAAACGCGAACUUGAACUUCUUCCGUUUAUUUAUAUGUAGAAGCGCAGUCAUUGACUAAUAGACUUUUGCACUGACAGUUGUGCCAUUUUGACAGACGUCAAAUGUCUCACAAGGUUACACUUUCUAAUAAGCAUGGCCUGGUCUUUGGGAUGUUGCCAUAAAGACACACCCCUUGAGGAGAUGAACGCUGACCUAUUUUUUACCACGGUAUCAGAUGGCUCAAAAGAAAGUUCCACGCCGAUUUUGCACGACAUGUCCCGGGCAAAACCGGACAGCGGAAAGAAGCCAGUUAAAAUUCGACCACCAAGCCCGAAAACUGCUCCAAGGCAAAUAGCAGGCCGAAGCCUGUCAUGUGAACCUCCAACCAAAUCAAUCAUCCAGAGGCGGGCACAGUCUCUUCCGUCUCCAUCGGAGAGAAGAAGGCUUAGUCGCAAAGCCAGCGUCCGGUUUGUGGACUCUCUAGGGUUGGACCUAGAAAAUGUCAAGGUUUUCAAAAGCGGGGAGGACCCGUUUGUCCCAGAGCAUGUUCUCUUCCGACUGUUCAUGAACGCAGAGUUAGCCUCAAGUAAGAGGAUGGAGAUUUCCCUACCGUAUUUAAAACCGGUGUUCUCUGUCCAGCCAGGUGACUGUUCAGACUUCACCGAGCGCCUGUGUUGCCAGAAAGUAUGUCUAGAGCGGGUUUUGUGCUACGAGCCUGGUAUUAUAGGAAUCGUUCAAGUUGUAAACUUGGCAUUUGAGAAGGAAGUGAGCGUACGCUAUUCUUUUACAAACUGGAAGAGCUGCUCAGAAACCAAGGCUUACUGGGUUGCAAGCAAAUCCAUUUCAAACGGGCCCUGCUGUGACACUUUUCGAUUUCAUCUCCCCGUUCCUCCAUUUAUCCUUCACCCUGGAGCAGUGCUUGAGUUUGCCAUUUGUUAUAAAGUAAUGGGCACUCAGUUUUGGGAUAACAAUGGUGGGCAGAAUUACAAAUUAACCUGUCAGAGUUAUAACCUGCCUGUGCCGAAGGAAUGCGAAGACAGCAUGAUACACUUUAUCUAAGGACACUUUUUUUUUAAAGCACUGUUUCACUUUAUAUUUUGCUUGCAACAACCAGCAUUUUCACCUUAUGAUAUACAUAUCUGACCUUCUGAAAGUCUUGCCAUAGUGUAUUUCAUUUGUGAUUAUCGUGAAGCCAUAUGAAAUAUGAGAUUUUUAACUUUAAGAUGGGCUGAGAGCACUGAGAGCAUUACUGUAUGAUGAGUUGAUAAUGUAAUAUAGAUUUAAAAAGUGCCUUUACUGUAUUUUUUUUUACAUUUCAGGUUUGCAUUUGCGUGAGGAUGUUAUUGUCACUAUGUGGUACGUUUUCAUAAUAGUUGUGGAUAUUGUAAACAGAUGUUGAUGGAAUAUUGUAAAUAAGAAUAGUGAAUCCCACUUGUUUUGAAGAACUGAUAAAAAAACUAUUCAGCCAUUCUUCACUAAACACAUUGUGCUUCAUAUAUAAAACCUUCAAAAUAAAACUGUAUACUGUAUGUAGACACAAAUUGCUGUUUAAAAAGUGUUGCAGGGGUGACAUUUUUGUAGGCCUAAACUCAGAGAUGAAUUAGCAUUUUAGCACUAAAGUCAGUUGGUUUCUAGAAAGUCUACUUGCACUAAAUUUUUUAUUUUUUUUUUUAAAAUAAAGAAAGAGUUACUGGAAACUGUUUGGUUAAGAUAACCAGGCUGAUGCAAAUUACUGGCUUGAACUAAAAAAUAUGUAAUCACUAACAGCACUCAGUUUUUCAUUUUUAUUGUAAGUUCAGUUUGUUUGUGCCAUGAUUCAGGUUAUAACAUACAUUUAUUUUUUGCAAUAAACUAUGCUAAAAGUCAUUUACAUGUCUUGCACGUUUUAAUAAAGUUAUGUUUAUUAAAACCAAUGCUGUUUCAUUAGUGUAUACUGAGCUGGAAUGCAUAAAUCAUUAAAAUAUUUGCAGUACGUUUUAUUUGCGAUUUCUGCCAUUCUGCUAUUAAAGAUUUUUUUAAAAAAAUAUAAUAUUUAGUAUGUAGUGCACUCGGUGAGUUUUGAACUGAAAAUCAGUGUAGUCGAUUUUCUGAAAAGAUUUGACUCAAAAAAAAAAAAAAAAAAAAAAAACAA